UCUUGCCAACCCAACUCGGAAAGAUGCAGUUCCUCGUUGCCGCCGCCGUUCUUGCCAUGGUUGCCGCCGCCCCUCAGAACGGCGACCAACUCGACUCCCAGGCUCGACCUUACUCCCGCCCCCUCGCCACCCUGAGGAGCCAUCGCCAGGACCUCGGCGAUGGGAACUUCAACUACGAAUUUUUGACUGAGAAUGGGAUCAAUGUCGCGGCGCGUGGGACUCCAGGCUAUCGGGGGCAGAGCAACAUCAAUGGGUUCUAUAGUUAUCCUCUGGCCGACGGUUCAUACGCUGAAGUUCGCUACGUCGCCGAUGAGCUGGGCUACCGCGCCGAUUCGCGUCUGAUUCCGUCGCGUCGCUACCUCUUCGACCGGCACCUCCUCCCCUUCCGCUUGGCCGAAGCUCAGCGCCGCCUUCGGGGAUUCCGCAAUGCGUUCUAGGACGGGCGCUCUCCGUGCCGUGCCUGGGAGACAACCGACGACAACUGUGGAUUUUUGAACCGGAUUUUUUUCUUCUAAUUUCUCUCUUUCUCUGACUCUCAAAGGGCCCGACUUUGCUUUCCGACUUUA